AUGGCUCAAUACUAUCAAAUAGCUGUGGGACAAGGACAUCCAUUGACUCUAGAGGAAUUACAAAGAUACUGUCCAAAUAUAUGUUUAGAUGGCAGAAUAGUAGUUAACCAAGAUGAUCAGCAAUAUGCACAACAGCAAGUAGUUGUCCAGCAAGCUGAUCAACCAAACGACAUCAUAGUUAGUGAAGGUGUUCAAGUUCAACCACAACUAGUUGUUGGAGACAACGGCUUACAAUACCAGCAACAGUAUAUUAUUCGUCAUGACCAACCUCAACCCCCACCGCCAGCACAAAAUCGCUCUGAUUUUCAACAGCAACAACAGCAGCAAUCUCAACAACAGCAAACACUACUUCGACAUCAAGUGUACUACACAUCUGAUUUACCUGUGGAUGCACAAGUUGUCUUGCAACAAGCCCCACAAAUUAUUGAUGCAUCACUGAUGCAACAGCCAUCUACACAGCGUUCACAUCUGGUGAAUCCAGUACAUGUGCUUCCGUCCCCAACGGUGCUACAUCCGAGCCAGCAGCCCCCACCUCAACCGCCACCCCCGCCGCCGCCACAACCUCCUCAAGCUCAAUCUCAACAUGGCACCCAGAAUCAAUCACCGCAACAACAACAGCAACAGAUGUCUCGUGCCUCGCCCCAACUACUUCAGCAACUUCAACAUCAUCAAAUCCAGUUUCAGCAGUUGCAACAACAACAGCUGCAACAACAGCAACAGCUGCAACAUCAAUUGCAGCAGCAACAACACCCAACGCAACAUCAGCAACACAUGCAAUCUCAACAAAUCCAGCAUCAACAAGUUGUUAUGCAAACUGCAUAUAUAAAUCAGGCUGGUACACCAACGCGACCUCCUCCGCAACGAUUGCUAAACCAAGCGCUAAGCAAUAAUGCAGUGACGUUAGUACGUACGCCAGUGAGGACUGUUAGGCCACGGAGAACUCCAGCAGUGCGCAAUCCCUUAAACGCUUCACCUUUACAAGUGCCGGCUCGCCUUCUCAAUCCACAAAUAUUACAACAGCAAGGGCAGGUUCCGACUGUGUCUGGAGCGGGGAGUGGGGUCGGUCGGGGAACAAUGAGUCCCAGUACAGGGCGAGCACGUACUCCUCGGCCAGGGUCUCCGCGAGUGCUUAACUCGCAUGCAAACCAUGCACAACAUAGGCCACCUCGACCACGAACCCCAUUAUUACAACAACAACAGCAGCAACAGCAACAACAUCAGUUGGCGCAACAUCUUUUGGGACAGCAAGUGCAACAACAACAAUUAAAUCAGUUGAAAUUAACCCAACAACAACAACAAAUCAUUCUUAAUCAAAGCCAAUCGCACGGUCAAGCCGCGCGCAUCAUAACCCCUCAAGGAACUAUCGUCACGCAGUGUCUAAACCAAUCGUCUCUUCCCCAUCAAGUAAAUCAAAAUAGUGGCCCCCUACAACAACAGAAUAGUAACAUACAACAACAACAUACCUCAGCGCCGCAGAUGCAACAAAUAAAAAAAGUUGUCGUGCAAACAAGCAACGCGAAUGUCAUGGACGAUCUCGAAGAAAGUAUUACCGCUGCGAUUGUUCAGAAAAACAUUGUCACAGAUAGCGCGAAUACGUCGCAGCAGUUCCAUUCCGCCUCGCCUGUAAGACAGGGACAUACUGUAGUAACUCAAGCCGCCAUUGCCAGUGGAGCUGGACAACACCAAAUAAAUUAUACUCCUCAAUUUCAACAACAAGACAACGUGUUAAGAUUCGAAAAUUCUCACGUACCACAGGCGCAACACCACCAGUCGCCCCAACAACAACAGAUCGGCCAAGUAAUGAUGGAGCAUGAGGGUCCGGAUGAAGAAAGACAAUUACUUACACUAUCCAACGGACAAAGGAUAACGAUAGCCGAUUAUAGGCGUUUGCAAUCAUCGCGUGUUAUGUCACAACAUCAUUUACAACAAAUACAGCAGCAGCCAAGGGAAACUGCGAGGCAGACGCUAGUGAAGAGCAAAGAACAACCUAGGCCCGUGCAAAGAGUUCAUCCGAUGCAAACGCAGCCAACAGCCCCACAUUCUGAAAUCAACGAAGCGACAAGUGGACCUUCAGAGCAAGCGGCGGAACCUCAAUCAGCUAAAAUGUUGAUUUUUCUUCAGAAUGGGGAACAGAGGCUUAUUACUUUUACUCUGCCUAAAGAGAGUUGUACUUUGCAAGAAGUAUUAGAACAGGUUAAUGUUCCAUUUACGGAAGAUACUCAUAUACAGUGUAUGCAAAAUACCGCAAGCGAAAUUGAUUACUUCGUGUCGGUAGGCUCUACCACAAGAAUAGAAGAAAUGUUAGAGAAUCAUCCUAUGUUGGUUGGCGAUCUGUCAAGUAGAAAUUCUCCCAGUGUAGUGACGCAAUCUCAAAGUAGUGAAAUGUCGACGCCAGAGAAAUUACCUUGUCCUGAUAAUUCAAGUAGUCCGGAGUCCCCUAAAUCCCCUCAACCCCGCUACGUGGAUGGAAAGUUGGCUGUGUGUAAAUCCUGUGGAUAUAGUGGUUUUGACUUUAAUCGCUGCCAGAGGUGUAAACGUGUCUUCACAGAGGAACCUAAAAGCGUACCGAUAGCAAGUAAAAAUAUGGAACAGAAGAAAAAGGAAAUUGAGAAGACCUCAUUAGAAAAACAAGCUUCGUGCGGGGAUACCAUUAAACUAAAUCUACUUAAACAUAACGCAAAAAACUUAAAUAACAAAGCGAUUGUUCAGGAAAAGAAACCAGCUAGAGUAAGAAAACCUAGAGGAAAGCAACCAGAUCCUGAACCAGUUAUAUUAACUUUGAGUUCAGAUGAAGAAGAUUCCAACAGCUCUAUGUUGAGUAAUCAGAUAGAACAGCAAAUGCAUACUAAAGAGCCUUCCCUACUUGAAAUUGAAGGUGGUACUUCUGAUAGCAGUAUCAGCUAUGAUAUGAAUGAUGAAAGCCGGGAAGCGAUUAGCCAAAGUAUGUCUACUAUCCUCUCAUCAUUUAAAUGUAGGACAAUUCGAAUCGGAUCAUAUAGGUACACACCUAAAGAAAAGAUUAUCAUAUCACCCCGUGGAAUUAAAAUUGUUGCUCCGUCAUUAAAGAAUGAAUCCAAAGAAGUUGCCCUACAAAUACAUUCUAAAGAAAUAGUAAGGUUAUUGGUUCACUUUGGCAAAGGCCUGCCUGUAAUUUUCUUGUACACUACAAGUAAAUGUGGUAUUUAUAUAAGGAAAAGCUUGGACAUGGUUGAUGAAUCAGGUCUAUAUUACAAUCCUACCUCAAAAGUAGAUGCAUAUAAAAGAAUAACUUUAUUACCCGAUGUAAUAACAGAAGAAACAAGAGCUGCUUUUGUUAGUUUGUUUGAUAAAGUCAUGGUUGAUCUCUCCACAAAAGAAGCUAAUGAUAUUUUAGUACGGACUUGUCCAAAAGAGAGUAACAAUGUUACAAAAGUUACUACAAGAUCUACAAGUGCUUCCAGUGCUACGUGUGGAAAGAGUAUUAAUACAGCUGAGCAAAUCAGACAAAUACUUAUUUAUCCACCAGGCAAAGGUGGAAUACCUAUAAAUACAGAAGAUUAUAUGUGUUUGGCACAAGAUCAAUUUUUAAAUGAUGUCAUCAUUGAUUUUUAUCUAAAGCACCUAGUUCAUGAUGUGUUAACAGAUAGACAAAGGGAUAAGACUCAUAUUUUUAGCACAUUCUUCUAUAAAAGGUUAACUACAAAACCAAGUAAGGUUAAUAGAAGUUCCAAUCCCAUGGAGUGGGAUAAUAGUUUAACGCCAGCACAAAAACGUCACGCAAGAGUCAAAACUUGGACGAAAAAUGUCAAUAUCUUUGAUAAAGACUUCAUCGUAGUUCCUAUUAAUGAAAACUGCCAUUGGUUUGUUGCUAUUAUUUGUUUUCCAAGUUUAGAUGGUUGUCGAAGCAUGAUUGAUAAUAGAAUCGUAACAAUACAAGCAAGUAAAAGAAAAGAACGUAAAUCUUCAAUGCAAAUAGGUAGCACAACAAUAACUCCAUUAACUAAACAAGAACAGGUUACUUUAAAUUGUGAUUCAGAUAAUUUGAGCGAGCGUGAUGAAGCAGAGGCUGAGGAAAGCGACUUGGAUAUGCAAUGCGAUUCUGAAGAAGAGGAAGCCGAGAAGCUUGUUGAAAAAAAACCAGAAGUCCCUGUUGUUAGAAAAAUUGAACCAGUUAAGCAGCCAUGUAUUUUAAUAUUUGACUCACUGGCGGGUACAUCAAGAUCAAGAGUUGUAGCCACAUUGCGGGAUUACCUAACCUGUGAAUAUCAAGCAAAGGUAUCAAAAAAUAAAGUGUUUAAUAAAGAUAAUAUUAAAGGAAGUUGUCCAAAAAUCCCACAACAGAAUAAUUUUACAGAUUGUGGAUUAUACUUACUACAAUAUGUUGAACAAUUUUUUAAGGAUCCGGUGCUAGACUACAGUUUGCCUAUAAAACAAUUGACCAAUUGGUUUGAUGAAAUUGUUGUCACAAGGAAGCGUGAAGAAAUCUCGAAUUUAUUGAAAUCAUUAAUGAAUACAUAUAAUCCAGAUUCGCAUUUAAACCUACCUGAUAUUACAUUCCCCACAUUAAAUGGAAAAUUAAUUGAAACUGAAGAUCAUGCUGACGAUGGUUCAGGAAGUGAAAAAAGCAGUUCAAGUAAAGAACAAAAAUGUGACUUAAGGAGUACUGAUGGAGCAACACUCACUUUUGUAAAGCAAAUGCCAACAGGAGAAUUAUUAGUGAAGAGAAAUUUUGCUGACUCCACAGAAACGAUUCAUUUAAGAAAGACGAUAAGACUUUCAAGUGACUCAGAAAAUAGAUCUGUGAUGCAAAUAAAGCAAGACUUUAUUAAGAAAGGAGACAAUGAAAAUCAAUUAAUUAUACCUAUCAAACUUCACCCUAGCAAUGACAUAAACGCGUUAAUAGUAAAUAAAAGUAAAACUAUCGGUGAUAAAAAGCAUAGUGUACAUAAUCAAAAUGUUUCCAACAUGAACUGUGUUCGACAAAGUGUUAGUGAUAGUGACAAUUCAUUUCUUAAGACAAGAAGAAUCAAUAAUAAACUAGAAGAUAUAAUGACUGAAACUAUUAAAAAGUUUAAGAAGAAUGAAUGUUAG